AUGGCGAUGUGGUUGACAGUCUCGCUAGCCGUGUUCCGGUACAUAUUUGUUUGUCAUCACGGGAUCGUAAACCGCCUGUGCAGUCUGCAGCGAGCGUUACUGACUAUUAAAAUUAUUGUAAUUGCCAACGCCAUUGUCUGUAUACCAGACAUCUUUCUAUACCGUGUUGUAAAACCAACAGACUUCGGGUUGAACAUCAGCGGCUACGUGAUUGCCAACUCACGUCUGGUGGUAAAACACAAUUUCUACAAAACGUUCAAUUACUGGUUCUUCGCGGUCAUUAUGAAGGUGGUGCCAUGCAUUCUGCUGACGUUGCUGAGCGCCAUUGUCAUACUUGCCAUGCACCAGGCCAGCAAGCGGAGAGUCCGUCUACUGCAGCAGACACGACCCUCGGACCACAACGUCAACCGAAAGCACAACAGGACCACCUGGAUGCUUGUCUCCGUCGUCCUGUUCUCUGUGAUAACUGAGAUGCCGCAUGGCAUUCUAAUUAUGUUUGAUAUGAAUAGGUGUACUAACAUUGAGUACUUUCUUAGCAAGCGAGAAAUUGCUGGUAUUGUUGAAAACAAGAUUUUUGAAGACUACAAGGAGUCGUAG